AUUACGCUUUUGAUUCGAGGGAUAACGCUGGUCGAGGAUGAAGCUUGUUGCCUUAUUGUUCCGAAGCCACGCUGUGCCAUCAUCGGCUCCUCCUGCCAGGUGAGCGAUGAGACCGACGGCGCUUUCAGGUGUGUCGUUCGGGAAUUUCCGUGGAAAAGUUGUCGUUGCCAACUUCUGUGGAAAAUUAAGGAAAGAAGAAAACGAAGAGACAGAACGAUUGCCACAGAUGUAGUCGCUCGACAGGACUGAGCCAGCAGUCAUGUCCAUUGAAUACACCAUUGAUAUCCAGCUAACAGAGUUAGGAUUUCCGGACAUCCUUCAGCCACCUGAGACUUCAGUCAGGGAAACACCCUGUCACUCCACAUCAUCUGAUGACUCGUUCUCACCCAGUCACUAUCCCACUUCACUUUCAAGCACCCGCAAACAAAGACUACUGUCAGCCGAUGGCGAAGAAUCGGGUGCAGCAAGACAGACCCCAAACACCCAACAACCCACAGUGCUUUCUGCAUCACCUCUGUCAGAGACGUUACUUUGUAAAAGCCUAACUCCUGCGCUGAGUCUACAAGAUGAGCAAGCUGCCAGAGGCACUGCACUGCUCCAGCUGUCAGAGCCCACGGUAGAUGACCCCCCCGCUGGACUGGAACCCGCAAACGGUCCACAGCAAAUAGCAGAAGGCGAAGACGACGGACAGAAAGAUGUCCGUGACGGAGACACUGCACAAGACCGUUCAGCAGAGGUGCGGAAGGAUGUGGAGGAUGACUCAGAUGACAGCGAAGUUUCAGAUGUGUAUGAGGAGGAAGAGGUUGAUGAGGAAGAGGAUUACGAGGAAGAGGAAGGGCUAAACAGUGAGUCGAAUCAUUCCGGCAACUAUCGCUGCAGUGUCUGUGAGCUCCAGCUGCCCUCCAAAUUCAAGCUCCAGGACCACAUGAAUUUGCACACAGGAGCACGCCCGUAUUGCUGCGCUGAAUGUGGGAAGCGCUUCUGCCAGAUUUAUAACUACCGUGUUCACCUGCGCACACACGCCCAGACCAAAGUGGAUCGUCUCCUGUGCCGUGUCUGUCUGAUGGGCUUUGCAUCACAGGAGGAUCUGAAGGACCACCUGUCGAGAACUCACUUUGAGGAUGAGUUCUACGAGUGUGACCUGUGCAAACGCGUGUUUACUUCCCUGAAGGCAUGUGAAUAUCACGUGCAGUUACACAAAUGUAUGCUGGAUGUUGUAUGUGAAGUAUGUGGCCGCAAUUUCUCCUCUCCGAAAUCCCUCGCGCGCCACAGGAGUAGGACGUGCCACCGCAAUUUUAAAUGCACGGACUGCACAAAGACCUUUACCAAGAAGAAUGCUCUACUGAAACACAGCUUCUCCCAUCUUGGUUUGUUGCCAUACACCUGUAUACGGUGCCGAUGCCACUUCCGCCUGGCAAAGCUGUACCGCCAACACAAGUGUGAACCUGAACGCAUUCACUGUGUGGCAUGUCUGAGAGAGUUUCUCAGUCAGGAGGACUUCCAGCAGCACAAAAAGGACACAGGCUGCUGGGGCAACCAGGAGCCUAAAGGGGACAAGCUCAGAUGCUUGGAGUGUGGACAGAGGUUUGACAAUACGGAAGAGCUGAAGAAACACGCCGGGGCACACCAGAGGGUGCUGAAAUGUGCUGAUUGUGGCAAGGGUUUCCGGUCGGCCUUGCUGUUAAUGUCCCACAUGGGCGGUCACGCCGGCAAGUCGCCCUGCCUUUGUCAGAGCUGUGGACUGGGUUUUCCCCACCAUCAGAACUAUGACAGCCACCUCAAGACCUGUGGACAAACACCCCAGCCUGCGAGUGCUCCCAAGAAACGUCAGACUUCAAAGAGCUCUUCAUCUGAGACAAAAAAGCUCAAUGCAAAACCAGACCCAUCAAGUCCAGCAAACACAGUCACUCUGCCUGCUGUUGUUUCAAACAACCCUGCGGUACCUGUUAAAGACUCUGUCAGUCCGGGACUUGUGACAGGGGGUGUGUCCACUGGCUCUGGUCCAUCAGACAGGUUAUGGAAGCUAACCCUUGACAAACAGCCGCCUCCCGGGGUUGAACUUGUCUUGUUUCUUCCAGUCUGUCCAUCUCGAACCAAUAGCCUGCCCCUCCCAUCUGCAAUCCCUCAGACACUGCCAGUUCCGGCUAUGCGGGUCCAACCUCAUGCAUCUCUCCCACCUGUUUCAUGUACUGGACGUCUUGGCGUGAAUGCUGCUCUUGGAGUGCCACUGAACACCCCUCUGGAUUUGGUAACUGGGAUUAAACGGGAUCCAGAAUGUGAAACACCUUUGGAUUUGUCUAAGAAGUGUAACUCAUCUAAGUCUGCUCUGAGCGACAUUCCUCUUUGCCCUAUUAAAAAUGAGCCAGAAGAAUUUGAAAUCUCAGGGGAGGCUAAUAGCCCCGAAAGAAAAGAAUUGAAAAGCGGUGGUAGCAAAGCAAUUGUGAAAACAAAUCCAGGAGAGGCAGGCUCGGAUUUUGAUUUGUGGUCAUCUAGAUCCUGCCAGCUGAAAGUGUGGAGGGCAGAGAAAGAAAUUAAGAUGGAGGUUGACAUUUCACGACCUGUCUGUGCUGACAAGGAGAAAUGAAAUACAGUGAGGGCAGAAAAAAGACAGUAAAACUUGUUCUGUGGUCACUUUCCCUACCCUGCAAAGGGCACACCUGUUUUGCUGUACCUGUAGUCACACAAAUACAGUUAAAUGACAAGGCAGAAUUUUCCUACUCUUGGUGUCUCUCUGUCAGUUGACUGUGGGACUUUUGUUUAAAUGUAAGAAAGAUUUUAGAUUCUUCUGUAAUUUAAACAAAAAAUCCCAAGCUUCCUUUGUUUCAUUUGCUUCUUUUGGUAAGGCUUGUGGCUUGGGCCACGAGAGCAAAAUGGUACUCUAGUAGUAACGAAGUCUGUAAUAUUGUGCAGGAUUUCGCAGGACAUUAAAAAAUAUUCCUGAUUUCUA